CAGCUUCGACUUGGGGCCCCCGAUGAACCUUUAUAUUCUCAGAAAUCGCUAGCAACACUUUACAGAGUGUCCAAGUUCUGGCGCACCCUGCACGAGAUAUUCGUUAUUGAUCAAUAUCUAACACCUGUCUGUUUGUUCAUCGUUCCAAGAUGGUCGCGCACGACGGCACGUUCCGCAUUUUGGUGGUGAACGCCGGAAGCUCGACGGUGAAGUUCCGGCUCUAUGAACAGACCGGUUCCGACCGGAAGCUCCUGGCGAAAGGGUCAGGAGCGAAAAUAGGUUCCUCGAAGUCAACCGUCAAAAUCGAGGUGCAGGAAGACGCCAAGGCAGAAAGGAAGGCCGAUACUCACGAAAACACAAUCUCCGCCGACGAGGGUACCACCCAUGAUUCAGUCUUUCGCAAAAUCAUCCAAUCUCUCGCCAAAACCUCGGGUUUGCUCGACCACGUAAAAGUUGUCGGGCAUCGAGUCGUACACGGUGGUGCCAAGUUCAGCGAUCCGGUGGUUCUGACGCACGAGACGGUAUCGGCGCUGGAUGAGCUUUCGGAUCUUGCGCCGCUCCACAAUCAUCCUAGUGUAAUGCUUAUCAGGACCGCCCUGAAUGUGGCGGAUCUGAAAGCCGCGAAGCAGGUGGCGGUUUUUGAUACACAGUUCCACAAAACGUUGGAGGAGAAGGUGUGGAGGUACCCGCUGCCGUAUGAUGCAUGCAACGAGAGUGGUCUGCGGAAAUACGGGUUCCACGGCAUAUCCUACUCCUACGUCUCCCGCGCCGCAGCCAAACAUCUUGGCAAGCCACUCGAGCAACUGAAGCUCAUCAUCCUACAUCUCGGCAACGGCGCUAGCGCAUGCGCCAUCAAACACGGCAAGAGCAUCGACACCUCCAUGGGCUUCACGCCAUUGGAAGGGCUAAUGAUGGGUACACGAAGCGGCGACAUUGACCCCAGCGCGCCAUACCAUGUCUCCUCUGACGCGUUCUCCGUCACGGAGAAAACACCUGCUGUCCCGGCUGCGCCAGACGGACCCAAGAUCACGAAAGUGGAGGACGUUUUAAAUCACAAAUCGGGUUUGAUUGGGAUAUGUGGGGAGAGUGACAUGGGCAAGAUCGUGAGUCUGGCUCAAGGGAAGGUGCUUUCGAAGGAUGAUGGUGAUGAAGAAGCGAAGCGGAGGGCACAACUUGCCGUGGAUAUGUUUUGCUAUCGCGUGCAAAAGUACAUCGGAGCAUACUUCGUCGCGUGCGGCGGCGCUGACAGCCUCGUAUUCACGGGCGGAAUUGGGGAAAAGAGCGCGUACGUACGCUCACAGAUAUGCCAUGGGCUCGAGUGUCUAGGCUUGCGGAUUGACGAGGCGCAGAAUGAGAAGUGUGUCGUUGAUCAGGACAAGGUGGUUGAAAUAGGCGAGGAAGGCAGUAGGUUGAGAGCGAUAGUGGUAGCGACUGACGAGGAGGGCGAGAUCGCAAGGCUUGCUGCAGACCUUUAGCUUGCCAGAAGUCUGUCUAUAUAGGAGUAGAUUCUAGAUUACACACGGGGCUUUCACCGCACGG